AUGGAGAUACCAGGGUUUUACUAUGACCAGGAGCGUGACAGAUACUUUAAAAUAAUACCAGGGCACCAUUUUGGUCAUGUACGUAGCGCUAACACAAGUGGCACGAAACAGCCUGAAAAGAAUGUAAGCACGUCAACAAAACCAAGAAUUCCAACUUGCAAUUCGCUUCUCAACGAUCGCGAACUUAAUCCAUUUAAAACAAUUCAUCGACUUCAUAAUGAAUGGAGAGAGAUUUUUGUAAAGUCUUUACGCUAUGUCGGUACUAUUCAACAAACAAUUCCUUUUUCAUUGUCGCAUCACAUUACAGAUUUCCAGCUUCACCCAACAAGCAAUGAGUUAUAUAUUGGCAAUACUGAUGGAAUGGUCGGCUUGUUAAAGUUUCAGGCUUCUUCGAAAGCUUGUUCUGAAAUUUUUAGCAAGCCAUUUGCUUAUUGUAACUCAGAGAUAACGUCAAUAAGAAUUAUUGGUGAAAAUUUAAUCAUUUACACUUCACUUGGUAAUCAUCUUUGCCCUGGCAUAUUGCGCAUUGAACAUUUACCUGAAGUAACUGAUUUUGACAUAGUUCACGAAGCAAGUGCAUACAACUAUCAAACCAGGUCAACGGUUUGGACGUCAACUUCUUCACAAGUUGAUGAAUGGAUAGCGUUAGGUGCAACAAAAUAUAUCUCGGUUUUAUCUAAUUAUUCUGUUCCGGGUGCUCGAUUCACAAAUAUUAAAACCAAUAGUGACGUUUUUGCUUUGGAUAACGAUCGAUAUCUGCCUUCAGCUAUUUUUGCAGGAUGUCGAGACGGUCGACUGCUCCUUUUUGAUAUCCGGUGUAAUCCUAAAAAAUCUUCACCACAUGGUGAUGGCCCAAUGAUUAAACAGUCAUCUCCAAUAUGCAAUCUAAAACAAGUGAGUGGUUGGUAUGUUCUAAGUGAUGGAAUGGAUGGCUCGCUUUCUUUAUGGGAUAUUCGGAAUCAACGAAGGAAUCAAAAUAUGGGGGAGUCUACUUUACCUGUAUUAAAAUAUUUUGGACAUGUUAACAGUACUAAGCGUCGAACCGGAUUUGCCGUGAAUUCGUAUAACUCAAUCGUUGCUAUUGCCGGUCAAGAUAAUCUUGUCCGAUUUUUUUCUAUCAACACUGGAGACGUUGUACGCAUGCCAAUUGGUCCAUUCGAAGAUAGGGUUUCAACGAUUCAAUUUUGUGAACGUGAUGAACAACCAAAUUAUGAAUUUCUUCAGGAUGGAAAUAGUGAAAAACAGUAUAAUAAAGGUGAAGGUAUUUGGAUUUCGAUCGGUAAAGAAUUACAAUGGUGGAGUGUUCC